AUUCUCUUCUGCCUCUUCUUAUAUCAAUUCCUCAUCCGGCCAUCCCUCCGACCAACUCAGAACCCAAAUCUCCAGCCAACGAUUCUCCCAUCGGGAGAGAGCUAUUCCAAAACUCACAAAAAAGCUCAAGCCUUUCUUAUGCCAUAAUCAUUCUACACCGGAAAGUUUCUUUCUUUCACUAAGCAGAAAGGAGGAUACAAGGGGUUCCUUCAGAUCUCAUUCUGUGUUUGCUCGUUCCUUGUUUCAAUGGCGGAGUCAAGGAGGUACAUUUCGCUGGCCGACCUUGAAAAGCACAACAAACCAGGAGAUCUGUGGAUCUCUAUACAGGGGAAGAUCUACGAUGUCACCAAAUGGGGCGAUGAACACCCAGGAGGAGCACUUCCGUUGCUGAAUCUAGCCGGCCAGGACGUCACUGACGCCUUCGUCGCUUAUCAUCCGGGCUCCGCUUGGAAAUAUCUCGACAAGUUCUUUACUGGCUACUAUCUCAAGGAUUACUCUGUCUCUGAAGUGUCCAAGGAUUAUAGGAGACUUGUCUCUGAGUUCUCAAAGAUGGGUUUUUUCGAAAAGAAAGGACACGGUGCGUUCAUUUUGCUUUGCUUCGUCGCAUUGUUGUUUACAGUGAGUCUUUGGGGUGUUUUGUGGACGGAUAGUACAUGGGUGCAUCUGGGUUGUGGUGGGUUAAUGGGGUUCUUGUGGAUACAGAGUGGGUGGCUUGGGCAUGAUUCCGGGCAUUACCAGAUCAUGAUGAGCCCUAGGCUCAAUCGAUUUGCUCAGAUCCUUACUGGAAAUUGCCUUGCUGGUAUCAGUAUUGCGUGGUGGAAAUGGGACCACAAUGCUCAUCACAUUUGCUGUAACAGUGUAGAUUUCGAUCCAGAUCUUCAACACAUGCCAUUUUUUGCGGUAUCUUCAAAAUUCUUCAGUUCACUUACCUCUUAUUUCUAUGAUAGAAAGAUGAAUUUUGAUUCUGUUGCUAGGUUCUUGGUUAGCUACCAGCAUUGGACUUUUUAUCCUGUAAUGUGUUUUGCUAGGAUUAAUCUGUUUGCACAAUCCUUCAUCCUACUGUUGUCUAAGAGAAAAGUACCUAAUAGGGGUCAGGAGAUGCUGGGUCUUCUUGUGUUUUGGAUUUGGUAUCCACUCGUUGUUUCUUGUCUUCCCAACUGGGGGGAGAGAAUAAUGUUUGUUGUUGCAAGCUUUGCGGUCACUGGAAUUCAACAUAUUCAGUUCUGCUUGAAUCAUUUCUCGUCAAGUGUUUUUGUUGGUCCUCCUAGUAGCAAGGAUUGGUGUGAGGUACAGACUGGUGGGACACUUAACAUAUCAUGCUCCUCCUGGAUGGAUUGGUUUCAUGGUGGUUUGCAGUUUCAGAUUGAGCACCAUCUGUUUCCAAGAUUGCCUCGAUGCCAUCUCAGGAAAAUCUCCCCAUUUGUUAUGGAGCUAUGCAAGAAGCAUAAUUUACCGUACAAGAGUGCAUCAUUUUGGAAGGCAAAUGCAAUGACAGUCGGAACCCUUAGGGCUGCAGCCUUGCAGGCUCGUGAACUCACCAAACCAGUUCCAAAGAAUUUGGUAUGGGAAGCAGUGAACACUCAUGGGUGAGAGAUGCACAUUCAGAUGCUUGCUUACAAUGAACCUGGUACAAUAACUGAGGGUGAUCAUUCUUGUUACUCCUUGAGGGCGUCACUUUAUUGAUUUGAAAUGUAAGUUUGAGAUGCCAUAAAACAUUCAUAUUAAUUGCUUGCAAGCAAGAAUAAUUAGCUGGAUGUGAAGCACUGUUUUUCCAUUUAGUAUUUUCUUUUGUUAGCUUAGCAUACUCUUAUCAAAUUCUGCUUCUUUCUUGAUAGUUGUCUGGGAUUUUGUUGCUAUGAUUGAAAAAAAAUGGAUGUAACAUUU